AUGGCAGAUAAUAAUACUACUCGUAAUUCAUUUUGUAAAUCUCGUUCGCCAACAAAUUCAUAUCUUCUACAACAACAAACAUCAUUAUCACCAUCAAAUAGUCCAAACAAUAAAGGAAAUAAUAGUUUAUCUCGUGGGCGUCAAUUGUGGAAUAUAGCUAUUGAAAAUGUACUUGAACAUGAAAAAACACCACCAAUAUCAUUAUCACUGGUAUCAUCAGCGGUUGAUAAUGAACCUAUUGGAUGGCAUAAUUUAACAAAGCGUGUAAUGCAGUUAAAUGCUAGUCCAACAUUAGCAGCGGCUGCUGCUGCUGCGGAUCCAGCAUUACACAAAGAUAAUUGGCAACAACGACGUUAUAAUUUUCUAAGUAAAAAUAGUAUGUUUGGUGGAGAAUUAAAAGAUGAAGUUGUUAAUGAACAAGGCACUGAUGUUGAACAAAGACCAAUUAUUGGACCAUUACAAAUGAAAACAUCAGGUAGUAUGGAUUCUGAAGUAUCGAAUACUAAACGUGAAUCAAUUUUGGGUAUGGCUGUCAGCGGUGUUCGUAAUCUAUUAGUUGAAAAUGAUGAAGAUGAACAGGUUACUAAUGGUGAUGUGUGUUUAAAAAAUAUUGUAUUAACAAAACAAAAUUUAAAUGAAUCAACUGCUUUAGAUGAACAUGAUGAAGUAGAUGCACCCGCUUGUACACAAUGUACACAAACGGAUAAUGAUCUUCCUACACUUCCAAAAAAUAAUAUAGUUCAACAUGGAUUAUUAAAUAAAAUAUUUUCUCAUAAACAUCAUCAAUCAAAAAAGAAAUUUGGUAUUCAAGAAUCAUAUCGUUCUCAUCGUCCUUAUUUUACUUAUUGGGUGACAUUUGUACAAAUUCUUGUUUGUAUUGUAUCGCUAAUUGUUUAUGGUUAUGCUCCAUUAGCAUCAACACAAUCUAAAAAUGCAAGCAUAUUUGAACAACAACGAUUUGAUCUAACAAUGAAUCCAUGGUUUGGUCCAUAUCCAGCUGAUUUAAUUCGUUUAGGUGCAAAAUAUACUCCAUGUAUGCGUAAACAUGAUGAAGUUAAUAGUCGUUAUGAAAAACAAGCCAUAUUAGAAAGUAUAUCGGGUUGUUGUAUUGAUUCAAUAACAAAUCGUUGUAUGCAAACACUUUCACAACAAUGUCUUCCACGUGCUGGUUUAACAUGGCAACAAAUACCAUUCAAAAGUAAAAAUAUCAAAGAAGCAUCGAAUGUAAUUUAUCCAGCUGUAUGUGGUCUAACACCAGAAACUUGUACAAAACGAUUAAUGGGAAAUAUACCACGAGAAGAUGAAAGUUCAUGGACAUCGACAAUAGUUGAUUCAAAAGUUCUUAAAUGGUCUCCAAAUGUAGUUAAAUGGCCGAUUUGUCUAGAACAAAAUUAUGAUCGAAUAGCAAAUAAUAUAUCUCUUUAUCCUCAUAUGCAAUGUGUAAAUAUAGCAAGACCUUGUUGUACUGGCGUACUCGGUGAUUGCGUGUUAACAUCAAGAGAUGAUUGUAUACGUCGACGUGGUAUUUUUCAUCCACGAGCACAUUUAUGUUCUCAAGUUGAUUGUAUACAAAGUGUUUGUGGUAUGCUGGAAUUUUUUGUUGUUCGUGUUCCUGAUCAAGUUUAUCGUUUUUGGAUUGUUAUUUUCAUUCAUGCUGGUUUAAUUCAUUUAAUAAUUACAAUCAUAUUUCAAUAUACAAUAAUGCGCCCGUUAGAAAAAUUAGCGGGUUGUAUACGUGUUAUGAUUAUCUAUGUUGUAUCAGGUUUUGUUGGAAGUUUAGCUAGCGCUUUAUUUUUACGAGAUUCAAUACAAGUUGGACCUGGUGGUAGUCAAUUAGCUAUACUUGCUUGUUAUUUAAGUGAAUUAUUUCUUGGUUGGCGAUCAUUAAAACGUCCAUGGAUACCAUUUUUUAAAAUAAUUAUAUGUUUAUUUCUUUUAUUAACUGUUGGUUUAUUACCCUUAGUUGAUAAUUAUUCUCAAUGUUUUGGUUUUCUUAUUGGUUUUAUGUUAAAUAUGAUUGUUUUUCCUGAUGUUAAUUUUCGAAAAAAUGUUCGUCGUCUUGUUGUUGUUACAACAUCAUUAGCUAUAACAAUUGCUUUAUUUAUUUCAUUGAUUGUACUUUUUUAUACAGUACCAUUUAAAUGUGCAUCAUGUAAAUUAUUUAAUUGUCCAUUUGGAAAGAUUUGUGGGAACGAAAAACGCGAUCUCGUAUAG